AUGGACCGGCUGUCCCUCUCCCUCCGGUGCCGCCAGGCCUGCGCCCGCUCCGAGAUCACCCACAUCGGCCUGACCGACACGGCCGCCCUCGCCGUCUACGUCUCCCCCCCGCCCGCCUCCCUCUCCUGGGUCGACACCUUCUCCCUCACCCGCAAGCCCGGCAAGCUCGCCUCCCUCUCCAAGAGCUCCGGCUCCUACGGCGCCUUCCCCCCUUCCUCUGCCGUAGGUAGUAGCAGCAGCACCGUCUACGCCGCCCUCAAGGACUGGACCAUCCGCGUCUCGGGCGGCAUCGAGUACUGCCACUCCAGCUCCGUCCUCAUCCGCGACCUCGACUCGGGCAAGACCCUCCUCGAGCUCAAGGACGCCGGCCGCGCCCCCAUCGCCUGGAGCCGCGACGCCCGCCUCGUCGCCGCGGGGGAGGCCAACAACCCCGAGCGCAUGGGCAUCUGGGACGCCAGGACGGGCAGCAGAGUCGGACGGGUAAUCUCCCACAUCGACGCCGUCACCCACGCCGCCUUCGCCACUUCUGACGUCGGCUCCGGUAAUCUCGUCACCCUCUCCCGCGACGGCACUCUGAGGCUCACCGACCCCUCCACCUCCCGCACCGUCGCCCGCCUCGAGCUCGCCUCCCGCAACCCGCGCGCCCUCGCCGUCGCCCCCCACGGCAACACCAUCGUCUCCGUCUGGGACUCGUCCCUCUACGUCUGGCUGCCCCGCUCGGGGGACCUGACCUCGUACGCUUUGUCCGCCACGCGCCAGGCAGAGGGCUGGCCCCUCGCCAUCUCCCCGGACUGCCGGUACGUCGCCUGCCGCACCGAGGAGGGGUUCGACCUCAUGGAGGUGUCGUCGGGGGUCGUCGUCUUCGCCAUGGCUACCGAGGCCAUCGUCACUGCUGCCGCUUUCUCUUCCGAUUCUUCUGUUUUGCUUCUUGGGAGGAUGGACGGCGUUCUCGAGCUUUGGGAUAUUUCUGAAAAGGGCUCAAACUAA